UAUGGGCUGUACUUCAACAAAACUAAAAUCCAAGAAAGAUCUAUGUUUUGUUAAUGUUCCACUUUAAGUUGGAAGAAAAAUGAGUAAAGAAGAAGGAAUUAUCAGCAGAGAAUAUAAAAUUAACUCAACAAGAAUUAGUUAGGCUAAAAAGUAAAUAGUUAGUGAAGUUUCACCUGCCUUGAGUGAGGGAAAGAAUAUUUCAUUCAUAUCUAAUCAAAAAUAACCAUCAAAAUAAUGAAUUUAUUAUACU